AUGCUACAGCCUACCGCCGAAAUUCCAGACAGCCUUCCAGACCCGCCGCCACGCUCUGAGAAAACUAUGAUCAUCAUCGACGUCCUGCCGGAGUUCGAGCCAAUCGCUGCCUUAGCUGAUAUGAAGGCUGUCCUCCAGGCGCAUCACAGCCAGAUCACCGAGCUCUGUAGCUCCGACCAAGCACAGCGGAUCAAGCAGGCUGCCAACAAGCUGCAGUCGCUGCUGAGCAUGCAGACCAGCAUAACCGCCUAG